GCCCGGUGAACGCCGCGUAAAAGACGGCUACGGUGCGCAUUUUGACCGGGAAGCGGAGGAAGAAAUGGAGAACCUCUCCAGCGUAUCGCCUCUCUCCGCGUUCUUGGCUUUAAAGAGCCAUUCCCUCUGCCUUCAUAGUAAAAGCCGUAGAAACAAUAGGGGAGCCCGGCGGGGUUUAACGACGGUGGUGCUGAACUAUUUCAGGUGCGCCCCGCCGACGGAGUGGAUUGAGUGGAAAAAAGUUAGGAGAGAUGUCAUGACUCGGCGGCGGCAAACUCCGACCGUCUCUUUCGGAAAUAUUGAGAACUAGUUUAUUUCCUUCUUGUGCCACACUCGCAGUGAGCCGAAGAGAGGAAGAGACAUUCAGCACCAAGUCACAGGAAAGCGCCCCUGGUCAGACAGACAGCACACGAUGUGUUGGGAGAGGCACGCCGCAUUAAUAUGUCGCUUUUUUCUGCAACUUUUGCAACUUUUUGGCCAAAGAAUGGAGUCCCCAGAGGUGGGUGCAAAGCCCCUGAAGAUAAGUGUGCAGGUUGUGGCCUAGUGGAGAGAAGACGAGGUACAGUGAUGAAGGCCCUCGGCAGGAGAAGCAGAAGUGUUAACAGGCCUUAGAGGAGUUGGAGGAGAAGAUUUUGCCCCAUGAAGAUGGCAGCGCAGCCCCACACUGCCAGUGAGCAUCCUUUGGAGGAGCUGCUGGCUCUGUACAGCUACACAGUGUCCGAUCCAGAGAAGGAGACCUGUCACAUGGCUGCCAGCCUGCCAGACAUGACACUGGACAAGGAUCAGAUAACUGAGGACCUCUUUCCUGGGGAUGAGGAAGAAGAAUCGUCAGCUGAUGAUCUCACUCCCUCAGUCACCUCAAACACCUCAGAACUGCUCCGCCGCCUCCGAGGUGGAGACAAAGACACAUUAGUCAGCUCAUCUGAUGAGGACUCUGACAAUGCCUCUAUUCCCUCCAAUGAAGAGCACAAGGAGAUCAUGGUUGGCUCUAUGUACCAGGCAAAAAUCCCUCCACUUGGUCCAUAUACUUACCAGGAAAGAGAGUACAGCAGCGAGGACCAGUUGCUGUGGAGGCCGGGAGUUCUGCCGGUACAGGACGUGGAGGAGUUCUUGCUGUAUGCACAGAGGCCGCGUACCCAGGAGGGGGCAGCAUGCACACGAACACAAGACACUGUCCGAGACAACGAACAGGCACUGUAUGAACUAGUGAAAUGCAACUACAAUGCAGAAGAGGCGCUGAGACGAUUACGCUUCAAUGUGAAAGUGUUUAGUGAAGAGCUGUGUGCCUGGAGUGAGGAGGAGUGUAGGAACUUUGAGCACGGCUAUCGAGUUUAUGGGAAAAACUUCCACCUCAUUCAGGCUAAUAAGGUACGAACACGCUCAGUUGGGGAGUGUGUGGAGUAUUACUACAUGUGGAAGAAGUCCGAACGUCAUGAGUACUUUACCCAGCAGGCCACAAGGCUCAGCCGCAAAAAGUACAACCUGCAUUCAGGGAACAUGGAGGAUGGCGACCAGGAUGGGGAAGUUGGGGAGCUGGAGGGGAGCAUCACUUCUUCAGGCUUGUUGUCUCACAGCUCCAUGAACACUGGGCAGCUGGAGUCCCCUUUGCCUCCACAGUCAAACCUGGACCUACAUAAACAAGAGGAGGAGGGCCGUCCCCGGCGCAGACGAACUCCCCGCUUUCUCUUAAAGCCAUGACCUCGGCCCAAACACAGAAAGCAGGCUGGGCCUGCAGAUGGUGAACUGGUGAUGGGGCUGUCAGACUUGUGUAGUGAUGGAUGUCCUCAGCAGCUGCAGUUUGGCUGUCCCUUCACUCUCCCGCCCAUGGACGACCUGCGGGAUGCUGGCUCAGGGAGUUGUUGCUCCUCAGCUUCAGUUCAGCUCCAGUCCCAGCCUUCCCCCCAGAGCUGCCAGUGGGUCAGCGGGAGCCCUCCGUCCUGCAAUGACGACCAUCGCCUACAAGGCUCCUGCUUUUACCAGCUACACAUGCACGGUGGACCUUUUGUCUCUGAGGGCCCUGACUGUGGUGCAGCAGGUGGAUUGACUGGUUCCCCUCACAGGCUGCAGGUGGACUUCAGCUUGUCUCCGUCUGCCUCACCUCCCUCACCUGCUGUCCUCCCAUCACACUUCCAUGCAUUUGGCAGCCUACUGCGCUCCUCUCCCGUCCAGCAUCCCCGCUCUCUCACAAAGUGACGGGGAAAA